CUCACUGCUUCAGACAGCUACACACAAACAGAGGCAUCGCUAGUGGGGAAGCCUGCUAUAUGGAGAUGGAGAGCCAAAUAGAGAGAGGAAGUGCUAGCAAGCAAGAUUUAAUCAGUGAGAAUAAACGGGGUCUUGGCUGCUGUGGAUGGAUCCUUGUUGCUCUCUCAACAUUGUUCACAGUGCUGCUCUUCCCCGUCAUGAUCUUUGUUUGCAUUAAGAUUGUUCAGGAGUACGAACGCGCUGUAAUAUUCAGACUGGGCCGAAUCACAGCCAGAAAGGCAAAGGGACCAGGUAUCUUCUUCAUUCUUCCCUGCACUGAUUCUUUUAUUAAAGUGGACAUGAGGACAAUCUCAUUUGACAUCCCUCCCCAAGAGAUCCUGACAAAAGACUCUGUGACAGUAAGUGUGGAUGGUGUGGUCUACUUCCGGGUCAGUGAUCCCAUCGCUUCAGUGGCCAACGUGACCAAUGCUGAUUACUCCACACGCUUGCUGGCCCAAACAACCCUGAGGAAUGUUCUGGGCACUAAGAACCUGGCCGAGGUUCUGUCUGACCGUGAGGGAAUCUCCCACAGCAUGCAGUCAACUCUGGACGAGGCCACAGACUCAUGGGGCAUUAAGGUGGAGCGGGUGGAGAUUAAGGACGUAAAGCUUCCUCAACAGCUACAGAGGGCUAUGGCUGCUGAGGCAGAGGCGUCCCGCGAGGCCAGAGCCAAGGUGAUUGCAGCAGAAGGAGAGAUGAAUGCAUCGCGGGCUCUGAAGGAAGCUUCUCUGGUGAUUGCCGAGUCUCCCUCUGCCCUGCAGCUGCGCUACCUGCAGACCCUCAACACCAUCGCUGCUGAGAAAAACUCCACCGUCAUCUUCCCUGUCCCCAUGGACAUCCUGGGCCAUUUCCUUAAAAAGUGAAGUCAGAUAUCCAUGGAUCCUCAAUUAUAAACAUGAGUGUUUACACUGUGAAAAGUCUAUACAUUUCUUAAUGAACUUUUAGGGAUUUUUCCAUUUGAAGCUGAGGAGGAACCUUCAAGAAAAUCAUUGAACAACUUGAGAGGUUUCUCUACAGUUUCAAAUUGAACACACACACACACACCUCUACCUUUUUACUGUAGCAUUUUACUAAUUCACGCAUUUAUUCCAUAUUCAGCUACUGUACAGUAUGUAUUGUAAUAGAAGUGUGACCAUAUAGACAAUACCAUUGUCUACAUGGUAAUUGGCAUGGCAUUGCAUGAAUAUCAUGAAUGUUUGAUUAAUGUAGCAUUGCAGUCAUAUUGGAAAUGUGCCUUAUUAUUUUUCUCCACAUAAUAUUUAUCGAUUUCUGUGAACUUUCAAACUUUCACUUUUGUGUUGAAAAGUCCUAUUUUUAUAUAUAUAUAUUCAUUAUACAAAUAAAAUGCAUUUAAUGAA